AUGCCUGCUUCGCUGCGGACUUUUGCACCGCUUCUGCGGACGGCGCGCCUUUCACUCCGCCAGACCCAGAGCCCGCUGGUGUCGCUCCAGCGCGAGACAAGGACCCCGGUGCUCAACUUCGCCCGCACAUACGCCGCCGUCUUCGAGCGCAACAAGCCUCACGUCAACAUCGGCACAAUUGGUCACGUCGAUCACGGAAAGACAACCCUUUCCGCCGCCAUCACCAAGAGGCAAGCCGACAAAGGCCUUGCUAACUACCUCGACUAUGGCUCUAUCGACAAGGCUCCCGAGGAGCGCAAGCGUGGUAUCACCAUCUCGACUUCCCACAUCGAGUACGCCACCGAGAACAGGCACUACUCCCACGUCGACUGCCCCGGUCACGCCGAUUACAUCAAGAACAUGAUUACUGGUGCCGCCUCCAUGGACGGUGCGAUCAUUGUCGUCGCCGCCUCCGAUGGUCAGAUGCCCCAGACCCGUGAGCACUUGCUCCUGGCCCGCCAGGUCGGUGUCCAGAAGAUCGUCGUGUUCGUCAACAAGGUCGACGCCCUCGAGGAUGCCGAGAUGUUGGAACUUGUCGAGAUGGAGAUGCGUGAGCUGCUCACUUCGUACGGCUUCGACGGUGACAACACCCCUGUCGUCCUUGGUUCCGCCUUGUGCGCCCUCGAGAACAAGCGCCCCGAAAUCGGUGUGGAGAAGAUCGACGAGCUGAUGAAGGCCGUCGACGAGUGGAUCCCCACCCCCGAGCGUGAGACCGACAAGCCCUUCCUUCUCUCCGUCGAGGACGUCUUCUCGAUCGGUGGCCGUGGUACCGUCGUGUCGGGCCGUGUCGAGCGUGGUACCCUGAAGCGGGAUGCCGACGUCGAGAUUAUCGGCAAGGCCACCGAGGUCAUCAAGACCAAGGUCACCGAUAUCGAGACCUUCAAGAAGUCGUGCGAGGAGUCGCGCGCUGGUGACAACUCGGGUCUCCUCCUCCGUGGUAUCCGCCGCGAGGAUGUCCGCCGUGGCAUGGUCGUUGCCGCCCCCGGCACCGUCAAGGCCCACAAGAAGUUCCUUGUUUCGCUCUACGCGCUGACCAAGGAGGAAGGCGGCCGCCACACCGGCUUCCAGCAAAACUACCGCCCCCAGAUGUUCAUCCGCUCCGCCGACGAGGCCUGCACGCUCACUUUCCCCGAGGGCACCGCCGAUGCCCACGACAAGAUGGUCAUGCCCGGCGACAACGUCGAGAUGGUCGCCGAGAUCCACCACCCCAUCGCCAUCGAGGCGGGUAUGCGCAUCACCAUCCGCGAGGGUGGCCGCACCGUUGGCACUGGGCUGGUUACCCGUAUCAUCGAGUAA